CUCUCACCCUCCCUCCUUCCUUCGACCUAAGAACCUCUGAAAGACUCUAACUUUACUCCGCUUCUGCUAAGAAAUUCCUUUUUUGGCCAUGUCCAGCUCACAGAAAGAGAAGAAGUGCGCAGAGGAGCGCGAACAGCAACAUGGGCAGAUCAGUAAUAAGAAACGGAAAGAGAUUUUCCCCUACGGAAACUACAAAAGCUACUACGGCUAUCGGAUUGGUCAAGAAAUGGAGGAAGAUGCUAGAUUGAAGGUUUUCAAGAAGGAAUGGUUCGAAGGAAAGGAUUGUCUUGACAUUGGCUGCAAUUCUGGAAUCAUGACCAUUCAAAUUGGUACUUUUCUCUCAAUUUUUCUACAUCUAAGAAGUAACGAGGUAUUGUCUAUCCAUCGACCAUUGAAGAGUAGUACUCCCAGAACAAGUACCUCUCAUGAGACAACUGGUGGAUGUGAUUCCCCUGGUCACCCCGGUUUUUUUUUGAGCGUGUCGAAAUGGAUUCAUCUGAAUUGGGGUGACGAUGGAUUGAUUACAUUAUUUACAAGGGUUUGGAGUCUACUUCGUCUGGGCGGAAUUUUUGUGUUGGAACCUCAACCUUGGACGUCCUACGAAAAGAAUUAUCGAGUUUCUGAGACAACUAAAGAAAAUUAUAGAAAUCUUAUGUUCUAUCCGAAAGAUUUUCAAGACUUGCUUCUGGAUAAAAUAGGAUUCAGAAAGGUGGAGGACAUCGCUUCAAGCGUGUCGGGCAGCAAAACCGGAUUCAACAGACCAAUUUUAGUGUUCCACAAAUGACGUACCCGGUAAUGCAGCUCCGGAAGUAGGGCUGGUUGUUCCGUCUGAGAAGCCGUUGUUUAUGUGCCAAUAGAUGGAACAUGUUCUGUCCCAAUUUUGCAUCUGCUUCCAAUAUUUUGUACAUAUACAUUAUAAUGCAUAAGCGGGUUACCAAUUUUGAAGAAAAUUUUAUGUUUUACUCCUCUUUA